GUUCCCAGCAGUGAGUCUCCUAAAGUCAACGAAAGGAAGACGUCAACUCUGCUCUGAGGAAAGCGAGCUUUAUGUCUGUCUGCCGGGCUGCCACUGCUUAUUGCUACUUGCGCUGUGUUAAAAUGGCUUUCUGUCAGUGGGAUAGUGGUUCUUCAGACCGAGUGGCGCUCACUGGAUACUUUGCCUGAAAACUAUUCAGCACAGUUGAUGGACAAGACAUGGGAAACAUCUGUGGCUGCGUUCGGGGCCCUAAAGAGGAACACUAUGUGGACCCGAAGAAAGCUCCACUGAAUCCCGAAUCGAAAGAGCUCAAAGGUCGCCGCUACUUUCAGAGGAAGAAGAGGAAAUCAGGGGAUUUUAAGCCCGGUGGAUCUCUCAGGAGUCCUGUAAGUGAAAACACAACUAGUCAGGUCGUCUGCAAUCGUGCAGAGCUUCAAGAUGGAAACUCAGAGGAGAACCAAGCCAUGCUGGGUAAACCCUCAGAGGUGGAGAAGGAGAACCAUCUAUCCAGGCAAGACAGCAUCAGCAGAGGUGUUUAUGUUGGAGAGGUACCGGUUUUAAUCCUCAGGGAUCCUUGUAAUCAACCUCUUGGCACGAGGUUAGCGUGCAGGCCUGGAUGGUUUCCCGCAGACCAGGCAGAAGUUGACAGGAGCAGGUCUGCUGUCGAAGCAAAGCUCCAUGGUAUCAGCACGACGUCCAGAGGUGUCUCAGCCAAGGAUGGUCUUCUUGUAAAGAAGCUGCUGCGACGCCAGCUAAGGAGGGCCGUUAGCUUUGGAGCAGUGGAGCACAUGCUGCGGACUCUGAGGGGUAGUGACAGACCUGGGAGUGAGGAAACGUUUGCCAAGAUUAUAUGGGGCUCUCAAGCACACAGGAGGAGGAGACGGAGGGCCUACACCUGCUCUGGUUACGUAGACUGCAUCCCAGCUCCUGCCAAAUGUAUUUCCACCCAGCACGAGAUCUCGGAGAUCCACGUGACAGGGGAGUCCGAGGACAUGACGGCCAAGGAGAGACUACUGCUCUGGUCCAAGCAGAUAACGGAGGGCUACGUAGGGGUACGAUGUGAUAACUUCACAACCUCCUGGAGGGAUGGGAGGCUAUUUAACGCCAUCAUACACAAAUACAGACCAGACCUGGUGGACAUGAGCCGUGUGUCCGCACAGACCAACAGGUCAAAUUUAGAACAAGCAUUUGGUGUGGCCGAACAGCUGGGGGUGGCUCGACUGCUCGACCCCGAGGAUGUCGACGUCCAGUCCCCGGAUGAAAAAUCUGUCAUCACGUACGUCUCUACGCUGUUUGAUGCCUUCCCCAAAGUACCCGAUGGUGUUGAUGGAGUCAGUCCUAAUGAUGUUGAUAUCAAAUGGGUGGAGUACCAGAACAUGAUCAAAUACCUCAGCCAGUGGAUCAAACACAACGUGGCCAUAAUGUCAGAUAGAUCAUUCCCCAACAACCCCGUGGAACUCAAGGCACUUUAUACACAGUAUCUCCAGUUUAAAGAACAUGAAAUCCCAGUGAAAGAAAACGAGAAAACCAAAAUCCAAAAUCUCUACAAAAUGCUUGAGAUGUGGAUUGAGUUUGGGCGCAUCCAGUUACCCCAGGGUCAUCAUCCGAACGACGUGGAGAAGGAAUGGGGAAAAUUAAUUGUUGCCAUGCUUGAAAGAGAAAAGAGCCUGAGGCCAGAGGUGGAAAGGCUUGAGAUGCUGCAGCAGAUUGCCAACAGGGUCCAGCGUGACUGUGUCAACGGUGAAGACAAGCUGGCACUGGCAAGGACUUCCCUACAGUCUGAUGCAAAACGUCUCGAGUCUGGCAUUCAGUUCAUAAAUGAAGCUGAGAUCGCCGGCUACCUGUUAGAGUGCGAGAACAUCCUCAGACAACAAGUAGUGGACAUCCAAAUUCUUCUGGAUGGAAAAUUUCCAUUUGCAGAUCAACUCGUCCAAAGGGUAUCAAAACUCCGGGAUGAUCUUCUGGCCCUGAGAGCCGAGUGUUCCUCCGUGUACAGCCAAGGCCGCACCCUGACAACAGAACAAACCAAAAUGAUGAUCUCAGGCAUCACGCAAAGCCUGAACUCUGGCUUCUCACAGAACAUUAACACAAGCCUGACACCAGCCCUCACUCCUGCACUCACCCCAGGGGGCUUAGGUACUCCUGGAUCCACAUUCACCUCUAGCCUUACACCGUGCCUGACCCCAUCCUUGACCCCUGCCUUGACCCCCAGCCUGCAGCCUGCUUCAGUCCAGAGCUACAUGGGGAGUGGAGAUGGCGGCGGCAUGGACCCAAGUAGCCUCAGACAUUUGAAACACAUGCAGAUCCGGAAGCCCUUAUUAAAGUCCUCGCUGGCAGACCCGAACAUGACGGAGGAGGAGGUCAACAUGAAAUAUGUUCAGGACCUCUUGAACUGGGUGGAGGAGAUGCAGUUGCAACUGGAACGUUCAGAGUGGGGAUCUGAUUUGCCAAGUGUGGAAUUGCAUUUAGAGAACCACAAAAGUGUACACAGAGCCAUUGAGGAAUUUCAAAUGAGUCUUAAAGAUGCCAAACUGAGUGAAAUUCAGAUGACCCUACCCCUGAAGCUAUCUUAUUCAGACAAACUGAACAAACUGGAAAAGCAGUAUGAGAGACUAUUAAGCUGUUCUAGAGAUCGGCAAACCCACCUGGAAAGUCUGCAUGACUUUGUGUCACAGGCGACUCAAGAGCUGAUCUGGCUGAAUGAGAAGGAGGAGGAGGAGGUUGCAUUUGACUGGAGUGAUCGCAACAGCCACAUCUCUAAGAAAAGAGACUACCAUGCAGACCUGAUGAGGGAGCUGGAUGAAAAAGAGGAAGCCAUCAAGUCUGUGCAGGACAAGGCAGAGCGCCUAAUGCUCAAGAACCACCCAGCCAGGCUAACAAUAGAAGCAUACAGAGCUGCAAUGCAGACACAGUGGAGCUGGAUUUUACAGCUCUGCUCGUGUGUAGAACAGCAUCUCAAAGAGAAUGCUGUUUAUUUUGAGUUUUUCAGUGAUGCCAAAGAGUCCAUGGACUACCUUAAGAACCUGCAAGACUCCAUUCACAGAAAAUACAGCUGUGAUCGGACAAGCAGCCUACACAGACUGGAGGAUCUCAUUCAGGAGUCCAUGGAUGAGAAAGAGCAGCUUCUUCAGUACCGCAGCACUGUCGCUGGGUUGGUGGGCAGGGCCAAGCACAUUGUGCAGCUCAGGCCCAGGAACCCUGAAAGUCCCGUCCGAUCGUCCAUCCCUGUCAAAGCGAUCUGCGAUUAUCGCCAGAUAGAGAUUACCAUUUAUAAGGAUGAUGAGUGCGUACUGGCCAAUAACUCUCACCGGGCCAAGUGGAAAGUCAUCAACCCCGCAGGGAAUGAGGCCAUGGUUCCCUCCGUUUGCUUCACUGUGCCUCCACCCAACAAAGAGGCUGUUGAUAUGGCUACAAAAACUGAGCAGUUGUACCAGAACGUCCUGGCACUGUGGCACCACUCGCACAUCAACAUGAAGAGCGUGGUGUCUUGGCAUUAUCUAAUGGCUGACAUAAGAGCCAUUCGCAACUGGAAUGUGGCCUCAAUAAAGACCAUGUUACCGGGUGAGCAUCAGCAGGUCUUGAGCAACCUGCAGUCCCACUUUGACGAGUUCCUGGAAGACAGCGAGGAGUCAGAGAUAUUUACGGUGGCAGACUGUGCACAGCUGGAGAGAGAUGUGGUGGCCUGCAAGGAGUACUACCAGGAACUGCUGCGAUCUGCAGAGAGAGAGGAACACGAGGAAUCAGUGUACAAUCAUUACAUCUCAGAAAUACGCAACUUCCGCAUGCAUCUGGAGGCCCACGAAGAACACCUGAUCAGGCAAAUCCGCACGCCACUGGAAAGAGACGACCUGGAGCAGAGUCUGCAGCGCAUCACAGAGCACGAGAGGAAGACAGCAGAGCUGAAUAAGCUGAAGGAGGAUCUGGAUGUCAUGAAAGAGAAGUGUGAGCUGUUCCUCAGACAGGCUGCAGGUUCUCCAUCUGUACCAACACUUUCCUCCGAACUCACUGUCCUCAUCCAGAGCAUGAGCCAAGUGUACUCCAUGUCUUCCAUUUAUAUGGAUAAGCUAAAAACAGUGAGUUUAGUGGUGAAGCACAGCCAGAGUGCAGAGGCUCUGGUUAAAGCCUACGAAUCUAAACUCUAUGAAGAAGAUGCUAUGAACUCUGAUGUCAAAUCCAUCGAAAAUGUCAUUUCUACACUUAAGCAAUGGCGGACAGAGAUUGAUGAGAGGCAGGAGGUGUUCCAUGACAUGGAGGAUGAGCUGCAGAAAGCCCGUGUCAUCAGUGACCGCAUGUUUAAGGCCCACAAUGAGCGUGACUUUGAUCUCGACUGGCACAAGGAGAAGGCAGAUCAGCUGAGUGAGAGAUGGCAGAACAUUCACUCCCAGAUUGACAGCAGGCUUCGGGACCUGGACGGUAUCAGCAAAUCCCUGAAACAUUACAGAGACUCCUACAGCAGCCUUGAUGAAUGGGUGAAUGAAAUGGAGGCAGCACAGCUAAAGGCCCAAGAAAACAAACCUGAGGACAGCAAAGCACUUGCUGAGCUGUUAAACAAACAGAAGGUUCUUGUUGCUGAAAUUGAACAAAAGCAGAGCAGAAUUGAUGAGUGUCAAAAGUACUCGGAGCAUUACUCAUCUGCCAUCAAGGAUUAUGAACUUCAGCUGAUGACGUUCAGAGCGAUGGUUGACUCCCAACACAAAUCUCCUCUCAAGAAAAGGAGGAUGCAGAGUUCUUCUGAUGCCAUUCAGCAGGAGUUUAUGGAUCUCCGAACACGCUACACUGCUCUGGUGACUCUAAUGACACAGUACGUGAAGUUUGCCAGUGAAACACUGAAGAGAACUGAAGACGAAGAGAGAUCUGUUGAUGAGGAGAAGAGAGAACAUGGUGAUAAAGUUAGCAAACUGUUGCACUGGAUGUCCAAUGUGAAACAGACCGUGAGCAAUGAUGGGAAUGCUCUGAAAGAUAGUAAUGCCAACACAGACGCUUCUAAUAAGCCCCAGGUGUCAGUCGAGGAAAUGGUCACGAAAAAAGAACAGAUUGCAGAAGCACUGAGGGCCACGCAAAUGAUGCUGAACAAACACAGCGAUAAAAUGACAGAAGAGGAAAGAGAGAAAGCCCAGGAGCAGCUGAAGGAGCUCAGCCAGGCCUACAGCGAACUCUCCCAGCAGUGUUCAGAUCAGACAUCCUCGGCAGAAGAGGAUUUUAAACCCACUAACAGGACUGGGACUGGAACUAUGAGUGGCCUGGCUGAUCAGAAGUCUUGGGUGACUCUUCCAGAGGGCCACAUGACCUCCAGCCUCUCUCAGUCUGAGCCCCAUGUCCAUCUGGACUGGGAUGAUGCUCUCAAACAAGAUCUCAUGUACAAAUCCACACUCAACCACUUGCCAAAGUUGAAUGAGGCAAACAAGUGCAUACAUAGCUCACAUGUCUCCUCUGUGUCGCUGUCUGACAUAGCGGCAGCCAGGGAAGGUUCUGUCUGCGGAGAAGAUCUGAUCCUUAAGAUAAUAGAGGUCGACCAAGGAGGUGAUGCAGUGAAGGUGGGCUACACAGGGGACACGCUGAACCUGGAGAAGGCGUUUCAGAGUGGUUUAGUUCCUGCUUCUGUCUAUGUAAAGCUGCUUCAGAGGCAAAGGUCCUCUCAGGAUAUGAUGAAUCCUGAGGAGGUUGAACCUUGCGAGGUUAAUACACUGAUAUUAAAUUGUCUCAGCAGAAAUACAUCACUGACGCCAGAGAGGAAUGUUAACUCUUUAAGCUCUGCUUAUGAUGAAUUAGGUGAUCAGGAGAUAAUGUCAAAGCUGUUAGGUGCUCGGGUGAAUGUAGGGGACCCCACAGAAGGUCAAAAUACGUCAGAAAACCUCCGAAAGGCUGAUGGGCUAAAGGUGGAUGCAGCCAUCCAGUGUGAUUUAAUGAGCUCCAGCAGCACGCUCAUUGUUCUGGGAAACCAGCAGCAGUUCAUGGGACUAGUGUUGCCUCACUCUGGGGAAACCCAAACUGUGUCCACCUCAUUCCAGUAUGAUCAACAAAGCACCACCAAUGAGUUCACCAGUGCUCUGUUUAGUAAUCGGGGUAAAAUAGCAGCUUUUUACAUUCCAGAAAAUUCAGAGGUAAUAGACAUAAGCUCUGCUGUUCAAAAUGGUUUGAUUGACAGUUACACAGCAGAAGUUCUGAGAUCUAUAGAGAUUCCUGAUGUGUUUCCAGAUGUUGACCACCUUAAUGAAAAGUUCUCAUCCUGGCUUAUGUAUAAAAAACUCACAGUCGAUGGUUGGCAUCACGCUGCAGAUGGUUCAGAUGUAAACCUCCCCACUCCCGAAGAGACAAAGCAGUUAUUCAUCUCAUACUUGAUGAUGAACAGUUACAUUGAUCCACAGUCGGGACAAAGAGUCUUGAUUCUCGAUAGUCAGUUAACUAAAAUGGCUCAAGCUUUUCUAGAAGACCAGAUAUUUUGUGAAAACACUGACCAAAAGUUGACCCAUCUGACUCUCAAUGAAAGUAAUCUUCCAGAAAAGACAGAUUUAGAGAUAUCGCUGCACAUAGAUGAAGAAACAGAGGAGUUAAUGAAAAACACGCAACAUGACUUUGAUCCUCGUGAUUUCGUUUCCACGGUCAACGGGAGAAUUACCUUUGAUGAAAGCGCACAACACACAUUUGAGCCUUAUGAUUUUGUUUCCUCUGGCAAUGGAAGAAUUACCUUUGAUGAAGAAUCACAUUCUAAUGACAAGGCCGUAAAACAACAUCCUGUCAGGGAAUUUUUAUCAGAUAAUGGCACUGACAUGGAUACCGCAGAGCCUGUUGCAGUGGAGGAAAACAUGUUUCAAAAUAGCAUAAGCUGGACAAAACCCUACGAAUCUGAUGGAAGAAUCUAUGGAGAUAGUUUCCAAAUCGAUGAUGGAGUUGCGGUUAGUGGAGGCCCUGAUGUUCUAGCCUCUCUAGAGAUGUCAGUCCCUCCCACGUUAGGUUCUGUGAACAGCACAAACAUUGGCUCACUGUCCUGGAUGCUUGAUCCUGAGUCUUCAGUGAGAUCUUGCCAUCAGAUAGUACAACACAACAACCCUGAUUCACUGUCUAGUGAAUCAAAAAGUGUUGAUAAUGACCAAGCUGAGUUCUUAUGCCCUGAGGGCUUGAUGGAGGGUGAAAAUGAGGAUGCUAUUGAACUUCUAAAAGCCCAUUUUGAGGAAGGGGGCAUUUUAGAUGUCCCCUAUGAGCUGGAGGAUGAUCUUAAUGUGGAAUUAGUAAAUGUGGAGACAGUACUAGAGCUGCAUGACCUACAAUCAGAUGAAGAAAUAGGAGUCUUAGGAGAUGAGGAAGACACAGUGUUCGUUCUAAAAGAGGAAGUGUCGAACAGAUAUCAAACAGAGCAGGAGAGCUUUUUGAGGUCUGAUUGCUACAUUAGCAUCACUGAGUCAUUACAGUUUGGAUCAGGUGAAGAUGAAUAUGUUGACUCCGAUGCAGACACCAGCAUUCACCCAGGAGAAAGCUGCUUUCACUCGAUCACUGAAGAUCAUAAUCUAGGUUUAAUUAAUAUGAACGAAGGUGAAAACAUGCAGCAGCUGACUGAGAGGAAGGUGGUUGUCAUGGUGCUUGAUUUACCCAAUGAGGAGGCUAACGACAAAGAUAUAGAGAGUGAAAACAGAAGUUCAGAUGUAGAUAGCGAGGGUAUCGGAAAUGCAGAAAUGAUGAGUAACUACGAGCGCCACUCCCUUCUCUCAGAUAGCAGUCAUGAGCCUCAGAUGAUCUCACCCUCCUCGUGGUGUCAGGUUACUGCAGAGAGUAUUCAUCACGCAGACGAAUUGCCUUUACUGGCUGAAGACAGUGACUCACAGGUUCUAAUCAAUAGCCAGCGGACAGGUGGAGCUGAUGUAUCCAGUGUUUUAAUAGAAAAGGCCGCUUCAGUUAUCCAGUCACGUCCAUCUAGUCUGAGUGACAGCGCCACCAGCAUCAAUACUGAUCCUGAGAGCCAGACUCAAUAUGCCACUUUCACUUAUCCCUCUGACAAAUCUGACAGCCAACCCGCCGCUAAUGAUUUUUUCAGCGCUGGAUAUGAUGCCCAGGUGGGAAAUCAAGGAGACAGUGAGAGUGAAUUAGACAUGGCCUUUUCAUACUGUAAUGUGCUGUCUGUAGAGACCGCAAUGGAAAAUGAGAGUGCUGCUCAAUCACCUUUGGACACUGAGGCAGCUCUGAGCACAGAUUACUCAUUGCCCAGGGAUUUGGUUGAAAGUGCAAUCAUCUGCAGCGGUAAAAGUCCCGAUGACAAAAGCAGCACAGACGACGGUGACAGAAUCGCAUUACCUCAGCAAGCAGCGGCGCAUUCAGGAAGUGAUUUUAGUGUUGAAUCCGAACCCAGCUGCUUUCAGAGUAGUCAAAGCCAAAGUGCACUUGAUUGUGAAGGGCCUCCACAGCAACUGAACCUUACCUCUCAGUCACCUGUUGUUUCCAGUCACAUGACUACUACAAACAAUGUCAGUCAUAACAUCUGUGCUCCUGAGGAUUCAGUCCUGACUAGUCGUGAUUUGUUGGACUCAGAGUGCAGUGGUGCGGAUGAUGUUGUGUUACGCACAGAGAGGCUUUCCCCAGAAAGGCAACGUGAUCAUAUCAGUGGUACUGAGCAAAUCUCUGCUUCAACAAAAGAGAAAGAAGAAUCAGAUAUUGGUGACACUGUCUCCUGUUUAAGUCCUCAUUCUGCAUUAUCAGAAGUUCAUUUGGGACAGUCUGAAAAUGGAAUGGGAGAAGCGUUAGUAUCAAAUAUUCAGCCAGAAACAGAAAGAUUUGAUGUAGGUGUUGUUGAGCAUCCCCAUGUAUCUACUGAUUUCCUGUCAGACAGCUGCAUCACAUCUGCUUCCCCUUCGGCUCUAUCCGUGGAUUCUAAUCCCAUAAAGGCCCAUGUGGAUGACCAAGGGGAAAUAAUGACAAAGAGUAGCAAUGUCAGUGAUAUGCAAAAGGAACAAACUCAAGACACUGAAAGCACUUUUGCUGUAGCUCGGCAGAAUAAUCCACAGUCUUUAGAUGAAGGCAGUUUUCAGGAGAGUAGUCCACCUCCUGGACUCAUAGAGAGCAGUCACUGGGGUGCUCUUGGGGAUUUACUGAACCAAAACACCCUCAGUGUGAACAACAAAGAUGCAGGAACCUCAGAACUGAUGUGCCAAGAAGAAAAAGAAACUGAAAAGACAGAACAGUCAGACGCUCCGAACAUUCAGCAGCAACUGCUGCAGGUUUUUAAGACUGUUUCCUCGAGCCAAGACCUUUCAGUGCUUCAAGAAGUGAUGGACACUCUAAGCAGCGCUUUGGGGGUCGACCCCCAGGAGGAUCGACGUCACACGCUCGAGAGCAUCAAGGAGGAGAGCUCAGAGGGAGAGGAUGAAGGCUCAGCACAGGAUGACUUAGGUCAGACUCACCAGCCGUCUGCUCAGGUGUGGUUCAGCUCAGAUGUCUGCAAAGUGGAGAAAGUCAAAAAUAAGUCGUUCUCGAUUCAGGAUUAUUUGGAGUGUGUUGGGAGGCUGCAGGAUCAUGCUGAUGUUUUAGAAGAUGUCAGAAAAGACCUUAUUAUCCAGGUACCCACGGGCAACAACAUGGAAGAACUGCAGCUCCAAAUAGAGGAAUGUCAGUCUCUGGAGUCUCAGCUCUCUAGACUGGCUGGUGUUCUGUCAGAGGAUAUGAAUAAAGCCAAACAGCUCUUAAACUCUGCUGAUGAGGACAUUCCCGUACAAAUCCGCCAAGAUUUGACCUCGACGUAUCUGGAGUUAGAGCCAAAUUUUGCUGCUGUUUCCCAGAUGUGUACAGAAAGGAGCAACUCCGUGAUUCAGGCGAUGGAAACGGCAAAGGUACAUUUGGAGUCGACAUACCAGAAACAUCUGAAUGAUCUUGAUGAACUGGCAGGCGUCAUUCGAAAUGCCUCUAAGAUGUGUGAUGUGGAUUUGAACACAUGUGACGUGGACACACUGAGACAUCUGAGUCAGCAGAUCAAGGACAUGGAGAACAAUCUGCUAAAGGAGGCCAGGCUCAAGUUAGAGGACGUCACAUUCGAUAUCCAGUGCUUUAUUUCUGAACACACUCAGUUCUUGAGUCCUGCUCAGAGCAGCCAUCUCCUCAAGUUCCUCAGCACCACUCAGCGAGCUUUCAGGGACGAGACAGAGAAGCUUGUUACACUGAGGAGUGCAUUAGAUGUCCUACUGGACACCAGAGAGAGAGAAAACGUGGAGAAGUCUGUAUUGGAGAGACACAAGGAGUUUACAGAGAAGUUGGAGGAAGUGUGUGAUAAUCUCACUCUGACAGAGAACCGACUGAUUGGUCAUCAGCAGCAGGCUGACAAUGCUGAGAGCGUCACAGACCUGCAACAGUACCAGCAGGAGCACCAGGCUCUGCAAAAAGACGUACUGACAAAUGCCAGUGCCUUAAAUGAGGUGAUCACCAGUACUAAAAAGUUUCUGGAGGAAAACCGAAGCAAACUGAUGCCUGAUCAAAUCGCCAUUAUUGAAAGCAAGUUGGAAGAGGCUAAAAGCAAAGCCAAGCUCAUCAACCAGCGGGCUGAGGAGUCCAGAAAAGAUUUGGAGAAGGUUGUUACAACAGCCAUAAAACAGGAGAGCGAAAAGGCUGCAGCUGUUGAAAGACUUGAAGAAAGUAAGAACAAAAUCGAAGGUCUUCUGGACUGGAUUUCCAACAUAGGGAAUGAAAACAGCAGUAGACUGGAUCAGACUGACCAUAUAAGUAAAGAGAAUGGAAACCUGCCAGAGGAAACCUCGGCCAAGGGGCUGAUAGGAGAGGAUGAUGAUGCAAAUGGAAACGCUUUACAGACCACUGAAAACGAUGCUGGCAGAGAAAACAAGGGCAAGAACGACACAUCCCUGGACCUCGACAAGCAGUAUGACAUGGUCAAGGCCCGUCAUCAGGAAAUUCUUUCCCAGCAGCAGGAUCUGAUCAUGGCCACCCAGUCAGCUCAGGCCCUCCUUGACAAACAAGCUAAUGUGUUGUCUCCAAAGGAGAAGGAGAGGCUGCAGAAGAACAUCCAAGAGCUGAAGGAGCGCUACGAGGCCUCGCUGACUCAGGCCGAGCAGCAGAUGAAGCAGGUGCAGUGUGUCCAGGAGGAGCUGAAGAAGUUCCAGGAUGACUGUGAGGAGUUUGAAGGCUGGUUAAACCAGGCUGAAGGAGAGAUUGAGGAGCUGGGUGCUCCUGCAGGCUCCCUAAAUAUCCUCAGUGACAAACUUCAGCGACAGAAAAGCUUCUCAGAAGAUGUAAUCUCCCACAAGGGCGACCUUCGCUUUAUCACCAUUUCGGGACAGAAGGUGCUGGACGUGGCUAAAGCCUGUGGAUCGGCUGAAUCUGCAGCUAACAAUGCUCCGCUGCACGUGGAUACUUCAGGGACCUGUUCUGCUGUCAAGGAUAAACUAGAUGCAGCUGCCAGUCGAUACAAAACACUACAUUCACAGUGCAAUCUGCUUGGAAACAACCUCAAAGAUGUGGUCGACAAAUACAAAAAGUAUGAUGACUCAAGCGCCGGUCUUUCGAAGUGGCUCAACAGCUCAGAGGACGAGGCGAGAAAGCAGCAGUCAGAGGCCAUAGCAGCUGAUCCUCAAACGCUACAGAAACAGCUGGAGGAGACUAAGGCUUUACAAGGUCAGAUGAUGGGGCAUCAGACUGCUAUUGACACGUUACGUAAAACAGCUGAGUCUUUGAUAUCGUCUGAGGGAGACCUGCUGAGCAACCCAGAUGAGAUCCAGGAGACAGUGGACGACAUAGUGGAGCGCUACGACAACCUGUCCAAGUCUGUAAGUGACAGAAAUGAGAAGCUGCAGAUCACACUGACUCGCUCCAUGAGUGUCCAGGAUGGUCUGGAUGAGAUGAUGGGAUGGAUGGAGGGAGUGGAGGCCAGCGUGAAAGAGAAAGAGCAAAUACCCCUGGACUCUGCGUCUAUUGGAGACAUCCUCAGCAAAGAAGCAGCAUUAGAGCAGGACAUAGCAAGUCGCCAGAGCAGCAUCUCAGCCAUGAAAGCCAAGGUGAAGAAGUUUGUGGAGACAGCAGAUCCCUCUAACGCUGCGCUUCUGCAGUCAAAGAUGGAUGGUCUCUCCCAGCGCUUCUCUGACGCCUGCGACAAACAUAAGCAAAAAGUUUCCCAACUGGAGCAACUGAAAGAAAAAGUGGAACAGUUUGAGAACGUUGCAGAUAAAGUCCAGCAGUUUGUUGUGAAGCGUUCACAAGAUCUGCACGAAACAGACGGGCCAGGGAAGACCUUCAAUGAACUAUCUCAGCUGAUGCAGAGCACUAAAUCUGAGAUGGCUGAAUGUGCCAGUGACUUGGAGAAGCUGCAGACUCUGUCCAAGGAGCUGUCUGAAAUAAGCCCUGAUGGGAACAAAGUCCAGAUUCAGGGCAAGAUGGACAACCUCUCAAACAUUUUCAGCACCUUCAAAGACACUGUCAAAGAAAAGGAAGAAGAGCUAUCGUCCUGUCAGGACCAGCUGGGAGAAUUCAGAUCAGCAGCCAGUGCGCUCACCCAGUGGCUGGAGGAGACCAAUGACAAAGUGCCUGCGGUUCAGCCAAGCAGCAGCGAGAAAAGCCUGGAAAAAGACCUGCAGAUAGUCACUGGACUGUUAGAUGAAUGGGCAGCCAAAGACCCUGCUGUCCAAGACCUGAACAGUAAAGGAUCAGCUCUGUGCAGCCUGAUCACUUUUCUCACCUCCCCUGCCAAGACAAAGACGCCUAAUAAGUCAGCUCUUACUAAUGGUGGUGGUCCAGCAAGUCAUACCUACCUAACCAAUAAAGAGCUGAUGGUAAUUCAGCAGAACAUGUCAUUCGUCAAUGAGGAAUACACAAACCUUGGGGAAACACUGAAGAACAGAGCAGGGCAGCUGAGCAGUCUGGUGAAGGAGGUGAAAGAGGCCCAGAAGGAGACGGAGGAAAUGAUGACAUGGCUGAAGGACAAGAAAAAGACUGCAGCGUCCUGGAAUAACGCGGUCACAGGGAAAGACUCGGUGAAAACACAGCUUGAGCAACAGAAGGCAUUCGAAGAUGGCAUGAAGCAAAAGGAGGAGCAGCUCCAGAAGCUCAGGGAGAAGCUUCUCAAUUUGAUUAAGACGCAUCCAAACUCCCCCGAGGCAGCAAAAUGGAAGCAGAUGCUGGCAGAAAUAGAUGCUGCUUGGGCGGAAAUCAGUGGUUCUGUAGAGGAGAGGAAGCAGCACCUGGAGCAGUCCAACAAGAAUCUGGACAUCUUCCAGACAACUGAGCUGCAGCUCGGCCAGUGGCUGUCAGAGAAGGAGCUGAUGAUGAGUGUCCUUGGACCCCUCUCGAUUGACCCAAACAUGCUCAAAAUGCAGAAGCAACAAGUUCAGAUCCUCCAAAAUGAGUUUAAGAGCCGCAAACCUCAAUAUGAGCAACUUGAGGAAGCUGCCUCAGCCAUCCUAACCUCAUCAGGUAACCAGGACCCGUCCAGUGGGAAGCUGGUGAAGGAGCAGCUCGCUGCAGUCACGCAGAAGUGGCAAGGCCUCACUGGACAGCUGGACCAGCGAGACAGCCUCAUUGACCAGGCAGUGGUGAAGACAGGGCAAUUUCAGGAGUUACUGAGGAGUCUCAGCAACACUGCCACUCAGCUGGAGAAUCAGCUCACAAACCAUCAGGGCCACAGCACUCAACCGGACGCUGUGAAGAAGCAGCUGGAGGAUGUACAAAACAUCUCCACUCAGCUGAGAGAGGAGAGGAAGAAGCUGAAGGAGGCCGAGACCAUCAAUGCAGAGCUCACAGCAAUGGUGACUGAGGACUAUCUGAAAGCAGACCUGGCCAGGCAGCUGGAGAGUGUCAGCAAGCCUUUCAGACAGUUGGAGGAGAAAGCAGCAAAGCGGAUCGAGCAGUUGAACUCAACCUUUGCCAGCUCUCAGCAGUUCCAUCAGACCUCCAAAGACUUCCAGUCAUGGCUGGGUGAGAAGCUCCAGGACCAGUCUAAGCCUCUGCCCAUCUCUGCCAAAGUGGAUGUUCUGCAACAAACCCUGGAGGAGCACAGUAAACUCCAGAAGGCUCUCAGUGAACACGAGGAUGCUUAUAAUACAAUCACUGGAGAAGGAGAGCUGCUUCUGCACGACACUGAUGGUGCCGAAAAGCUGGCGCUACAAGGGCAGCUCACUACUCUCGCUUCCAACUGGGAGGAAGUGAAGAAGAGCUCCGCGGAGCAGACUGAGAAAUUCCAAACUGCUCUUCAGAGAUCUCAGAAGUAUCAGGAGCAAGCAGAGAAGCUGAGCGUUUGGAUUCAGGAGUGUGAAGCUAGUGAGAGCCGAGUCAAACUCACCGUCGACCCCGUUGCUGUAGAGAGCUCAAUUUCUCAGGUGAAAGCUCUCCAGAAGGAUGUCGACAAGCACAGAGGGUUGGUGGAGCAGCUCAACACGGCUGCAGAUAGCCUUCUUGAGCUGGCCAACACGGACACUGAAGCUAUAAAAGAAGAGAAGGCUAACAUUGGCAAAAGAGUGGACAAUGUGUUGGAAGGUCUGCAGAGCAAAAGGGAGUCCCUGGAGAAGCUCUCGCACACAGUUAAGGAAUUUAAUGAUGCUUACAAAGAGGCAAAGGGUCAGCUGGAAGGAGCUAAGAAGCAAGUAGAUACCUAUGAAUCACAGGGAGUGCAUGGACAUAGCAACAAGAACUUAACCAACAUGAAAGCCCAGCAUAAGAGUUUAGAAGGAGUGCAGAACCAAGUAGAGCACAUGAAGGCUUUGGCCAAGGACCUUGUGGUGGACGUGCCAGAUGCUGAAGGUGUGACGGACCUCUUAUUGCAAGCAGACAGCGUAGAAAAAGACUACAGCAACCUUAACAAGAAGCUCGAGGACACAUGCCAAGUAUUGGAGGGGAAAUUACAGGGUAUUGGACAGUUCCAAAACAGCAUCCGAGAGAUGUUCACCCGUUUCACAGAGCUGGAUGACGAGCUGGACAGCAUGCCUCCUGUGGAUCUUGACUUGGCCACUCUUAAAGAACAGCAAGACGGCAUUCAGAGUUUUGUGGCUAAGCUGCAAGAGCUGAUGGCUAACACUGCCAAUGCUGGAGACAGCUGCAAGAAGAUGCUGGAGUCUGAGUCAUCACCCGACCUGUUAGGCCUGAAGAGAGAUCUGGAUGCUCUCAGUAAGCAGUGUGGCAAACUGUUGGACCGAGCCAAAGGCAGAGAGGUCCAGGUGCAGAGCACUCUCACCAAGCUGGAGGAACUGUAUGGUCAACUCCAUCAAGUGGAGGAUAAACUCGGCAGAGCUGUGGACAAGGAGGCAUCCCAGGAGGCAGUUGGCAUGGAGACAGAUGUGAUCAACCAACAGCUGGAGGCCUUUAAGGCUUUCCAGAAAGAGGACAUUGACCCAUUGCAGACACAGCUUCAAGACAUCAACUCUCUCGGCCAAGGCCUGGUCCAGAACGCUGCUAAAGGCACCAGCACUAAGAAGCUUGAAGAUGACCUGGAGGGUGUCAACUCAAAGUGGAAUACUCUCAAUAAAAAGAUUGCUGAGCGUUCAGCCCAGCUACACGAAGCCCUGUUGCACUGUGGGAGGUUCCAGGAUGCUCUGGAGUCCCUGCUCAGCUGGUUGACCGACACUGAGGAGCUUGUGGCCAAUCAAAAACCACCGUCUGCAGAGUUCAAAGUGGUGAAGGCUCAGAUACAGGAGCAGAAACUCUUACAGAGACUGCUGGAUGACCGAAAACCGACAGUGGAGCUGAUAAAGAAGGAGGGAGGGAAGGUCGCAGAGCUGGCAGAGUCUGUGGAUAAGGAGAAGGUUGCAAAAGAGAUUGAAUGCCUGGGGCAGAGGUGGGACAGUCUGCUCAAGAAAGCUGAAAACAGGCACAAGCAACUAGAGAGCAUCUUAGUGGUCACUCAGCAGUUCCACGAGACUCUGGAGCCCCUGAGCGAGUGGCUCGCAGCCACAGAGAAACACCUCGCCAACUCUGAGCCGAUAGGCACUGAAACAUCUAAGCUGGACAAUCAGAUCUGUCAGCAUAAGGCCUUAGAGGAGGAGAUUAUGAAUCACAGUAAAGACCUGUUUCAGGCUGUCAGUCUGGGUCAGAUGCUCAAAACCGUCAGCUCAGUGGACGACAAGGAGUUUGUUCAGUCCAAACUGGACACCACCCAGGCCAGUUACAUAGAGCUCCAGGAGCGAUGCCGGAGGAAAGCUGAGAUGCUGCAGCAAGCUCUGGCAAAUGCCCAGCUGUUUGGAGAGGACGAAGUGGCUCUCAUGAACUGGCUGAACGAGGCGCACGCGAGGCUCAGCGAAGUGUCCGUGGAGGACUACAAAAUAGAUGUUCUUGAAAAGCAGCUCACACAACAACGGGCGCUACAAAGUGAUAUUGACUUGAGGAAGAAGAAUGUUGACCAGGCCAUCGCUAAUGGGAUGGAGCUGCUGAAGCAAACAACAGGUGACGAGGUGGUCGUUAUUCAGGGCAAACUGGACGGGAUAAAAACUAAGUACGCUGAGAUAAACUCCAUGAGCGACAAUGUUCUGAAGACACUGGAGCGGGUUCUGAGUCUCUCUUCUAAGAUGCAGCACACCCAUGAAGACCUGAGCUCCUGGUUAGAGACAGCAGAGGCUGAGAUAAACAUUUUUGCCGAUCAAGAGCCAGUGGGCGAGCAGCUGAUUCAUUCACAAAGCAGGCAGAAGGCCUUGUUGAAAGAGACCAAAGAUCAGAAACCUGUGUUGGACAAGCUGAAUGAGCUCAGCAGUUCGCUCCUGGAUCUGAUCCCCUGGCACACUCGUGAGGGUUUGGACAAGCUGGUGACUGAGGAUAAUGAGCGCUACAGAGCCGUCUGCGACACCAUCACCCAGCAGGUCGACCAGAUCAACGCCGACAUACUCAAGUCGCAGCAGUUUGAACAGGCUGCAGACACCGAACUCUCCUGGCUGACUGAAGCUGAGAGGAAGUUGCUGUCGAUGGGCGAGAUCAGGCUGGAGCAGGACCAAACCACAGCCCAGCUCCAAGCACAGAAGAUUUUCUCCAUGGACAUCAUGAGGCACAAAGAUGCUGUGGAUGAGAUUGUUAAAACAGGAAAGGCCAUUCUAAACAGCAAAAACCCAGAGGAGAAAGAAGUCUUGAAGGCCAAGACCCAGACUCUCCUGGAGAAGUACGGUGUUGUCAGUCAGCUGAAUUCAGAGCGCUGCCUGCAGCUGGAGCGAGCCCAGUCUCUGGCCAAUCAGUUCUGGGAGACCUAUGAGGAGAUGUGGCCGUGGCUUCAGGAAACAUUAGGCACCUUCAGCCAGUUGCCUCCACCUGCCAUCGAGUACGAAACACUGAGGCAGCAGCAAGAGGAGCUCAGGCAAAUGCGAGAACUGAUUGCAGAGCACAAGCCCCAUAUUGACAAGAUGAAUAAGACUGGACCUCAGUUACUUGAGCUCAGCCCAGUAGAGGGGGUGCCCAUCAGAGAGAAAUACUCAACCAGUGACCAGCUUUACACCAAACUCAAAGCUGAUGUCAAGCAGAGAGCUGCCACUCUGGACGAAGCCAUCUCCAAGUCCACUCAGUUCCAUGAUAAAAUUGACCCCAUGCUGGAAUCCCUUGAACGGAUUGCUGAACGCCUUCGCCAGCCUCCAUCCAUCUCAGUGGAGGUGGACAAGAUCAAGGAGCAGAUUACUGAAAAUAAGGUCGUCUCUGUGGAUUUGGAGAAACUGCAGCCCUCUUAUGAGACUCUGAAGCAACGAGGCGAAGAGAUGAUUGCGCGAUCCGAAGGAGCAGACAAGGACAUAUCUGCCAAAGCUGUACAAGACAAGCUGGACCACAUGGUGUUCCUGUGGAACGACAUCCAGGCCUUGCUGGAGGAGCGGGAGGCGAAGCUGCUGGAUGUGAUGGACCUGGCAGACAAGUUCUGGUGCGACCACUGCGCUCUCAUCGUCACCAUCAAAGACAGCCAGGACCUGCUGAGGGAGCUGGAGGAGCCCGGAGUCGAUCCCUCCGUCGUCAAACAGCAGCAGGAAUUUGUGGAGGGAUUUAAGGAGGAGAUCGAUGGGCUUCAGGAGGAGCUCGACGUGGUUCGAAACCAGGGUGCUGAGCUUAUGACAGCCUGUGGAGAACCUGACAAACCCGUGAUAAACAAAAGUGUUGAUGAGGUGAAUUCAGCGUGGGAGAAUCUCAAUAAGACUUGGAAGGAGAGAGUGGAGAGACUGGAGGAAGCCAUGCAGGCUGCUGUGCAGUUUCAGGAUGGUACGCAGGGUAUGUUUGACUGGGUGGAUAUUCUGGAAAGCAAACUGGAUUCAAUGUCACCUGUAGGCACAGACCUGGAAACUGUCAAACAGCAGAUUGUAGAACUCAAGGAGUACAAAGGAGAAGCGUACCAGCUACAGAUUGAGAUGGAGCGUCUGAACCACCAGGCUGGACUCCUGCUGAAGAAGGUGACGGAGGAGGCCGACCGCUGCGCCAUCCAGGAGCCGAUGUCUGAGCUCAAGAUGCUCUGGGACAACCUGGAUGAGAAGAUCAUCAGCCGGCAGCACAAACUGGAGGGAGGCCUGCUGGCUCUGGGCCAGUUCCAGCAUGCACUGGAUGAGCUUCUGGCCUGGAUGAGCCACACCGAGGAGCUGCUCAAUGAACAGAGAAAGGCUGGAGGAGACCCCAAAGCCAUCGAGAUAGAGCUCGCCAAGCACCACGUUCUCCAGAUAGACGUGUUGGCCCACAAGUCCACUGUUGAGACGGUGAACAAAGCCGGCAAUGAUCUGGUGGAGUCCAGCGCCGGAGAGGAAGCUUCAAGUCUGCAGAGCAAACUGGAGAAUCUGAACCAGAGGUGGAAAGCCAUCCAGGAGAAGACGGAGCAGAGGAAGCAACAACUGGAAAGUUCUCUGCUUCAGGCCCAAGGUUUCCAUGGUGAGAUAGAAGAUAUGCAGCAAUGGCUGAAAGACACAGAACGUCAGCUGUUGGCAUCAAAGGCUGUGGGAGGCUUACCAGACACGGCUCGGGAGCAGCUUAACGCCCAUCUGGAGUUGUGUUCUGCCUUUGAGGCAAAGGAGGAGCUGUAUCAGGAGCUGCAGAAGAAGGGUCACCAGUUGCUCACCAUGACGCCCGAGGGUCCAGACAGCAACACCGAGCAGGACCUCGGCAACCUGAAGGAAAAAUGGGAGGCAGUGCAGGCGAAGGUCGUGGAAAGAAAGGCGAAACUAGAAGAAGCUUUAACGCUGGCCACAGAUUUCCACAACUCUCUGCAAGACUUCAUCAACUGGCUAACCCAGGCAGAGCAGACGCUUAACAUGGUUUCACCCGCUUCCCUCAUCCUGGAGACCAUCAUGUUUCAGAUCGAUGAGCACAAGAUGUUCGUGACAGAGGUGAACUCCCACAGAGAGCACAUUAUUGAACUGGACAAGACCGGAACACAUCUGAAGUACUUCAGCCAGAAACAGGAUGUGGUCCUGAUCAAGAACCUGCUGCUCAGCGUGCAGGGCCGCUGGGAGAAGCUGGUGCAGAGGUCUGUUGAGCGAGGUCGUCUGCUGGACGAUGCCAGGAAGAGGGCGAAACAGUUCCAUGAAACUUUCAAUAAACUGAUGGAGUGGUUGGAUGAAUCUGAGAAGGCUCUGGACUCUGAAGUGGAAAUUGCCAAUGAUCCAGACAAAAUCAAGACGCAGCUGGUGCAGCACAAGGAAUUUCAGAAAGCUCUGGGCAGCAAACACUCUGUGUAUGACACCACCGCUCGAACAGGGCGGUCCCUGAAAGACAAGACCUCCCUUCAGGAUGAUAAUCAGAAGCUGGAUGACAUGCUGAGUGAGCUGAGGGACAAGUGGGACACAGUUUGUGGCAAAUCAGUGGAAAGGCAAAACAAGCUGGAGGAGGCUCUGCUGUUCUCCGGCCAGUUUACAGACGCUCUCCAGGCUCUCAUUGACUGGCUGUACAGAGUGGAACCUCAGCUGGCCGAGGACCAGCCGGUACACGGAGACAUAGACCUGGUUCUCAACCUGAUAGACAACCACAAGGUUUUCCAGAAGGAGUUGGGAAAGCGGACAGUGAGCGUUCAGGCUCUCAAACGUUCAGCCAGGGAGCUGAUUGACAGCAGCCACGAUGAUUCCUCUUGGGUCAAAGUCCAGAUGCAGGAGCUGAGCACUCGCUGGGAGACAGUUUGCAACCUCUCGGUGUCCAAGCAGGCCCGACUGGAGCAGGCCCUGUGCCAGGCUGAGGAGUUUCACUCUACGGUUCACAUCCUGCUGGAGUGGCUGGCUGAGGCAGAGCAGAGUUUGCGUUUCCAUGGCACCCUGCCUGAUGAUGAGGAGGCUCUGCGGGCGCUUAUCGAACAACACAAGGAGUUCAUGAAGAAACUGGAGGAAAAGCGAGUUGCUCUAAAUAAAGCGACCAGUAUGGGAGAGGCCAUUCUCAGCAUCUGCCAUCCAGACUCGAUCACCACCAUCAAGCACUGGAACACCAUCAUUAAAGCCCGAUUUGAGGAGGUGCAGGCUUGGGCCAGACAGCACCAGCAGCGACUGGCUACGGCCCUCACUGAGCUGUUAGCCACUCAGGAGCUGCUGGAGAAUCUUCUGACCUGGCUGCAAUGGGCUGAAACCAACCUCAACGACAAGGACAAGGAGCAGCUGCCUCAGGAAAUCGAGGAGGUCAAAAGCCUCAUAGCCGAACACCAGGCGUUUAUGGAGGAAAUGACCAGGAAGCAACCAGAUGUUGACAAAAUCACCAAGACUCACAAAAGGAAGGCUGCUAUGGAGCCCCAAAUCCAGUCUCAGAUCCCUGUGCUGGAAAAAGGAAGAGCUGGAAGAAAACGUUCUCCCACACAAACGAUGUAUGCAUCAACCACGCAAGCUCCCAUUGAGACCAAGAACCCGCGGAUUAACCUGCUGGUGACUAAGUGGCAGCACGUGUGGCUGCUGGCUUUGGACAGAAGGAGGAAACUGAACGAUGCUCUGGACAGGCUGGAGGAGUUGAAGGAAUUUGCCAACUUUGACUUCGAUGUGUGGCGGAAGCGCUACAUGCGCUGGAUGAACCAUAAAAAGUCUCGUGUCAUGGACUUCUUCCGUCGCAUUGACAAAGAUCAAGAUGGCAAAGUGACCCGGCAGGAGUUCAUAGAGGGCAUCCUCUCCUCCAAAUUCCCUACCAGUCGCCUGGAGAUGAGCGCAGUUGCAGACAUAUUUGACAGAGACGGCGACGGCUACAUUGAUUACUAUGAGUUUGUGGCAGCUCUACAUCCCAACAAGGACGCUUACAAACCACUAACAGAUGCUGACAAAAUUGAAGAUGAGGUUACACGUCAAGUGGCAAAGUGCAAAUGUCCAAAACGAUUCCAAGUGGAGCAAAUCGGUGCCAACAAAUACCGGUUCUACCUUGGAAACCAGUUUGGAGACUCUCAGCAGCUUCGUCUGGUGCGGAUUUUACGCAGCACUGUGAUGGUGCGGGUUGGAGGAGGCUGGAUGGCUCUGGACGAGUUCCUGGUGAAGAACGACCCCUGCCGAGUUCACCACCACGGGAGCAAAAUGUUGCGCUCGGAAUCAAACUCUUCAAUUACUCAGUCUCCUAUAGGUUGGCAAAUCUCACACUUUCUCACCUUGCUCCAUGAACCCGACAGUGCUAAAGGCAGGACCAACAUGGAGCUGCGAGAGAAGUUCAUCCUCCCAGAGGGAACCACACAGGUGAUGGCAAGCUUCCGCUACAGAGGCCGGAGGUCUCGGCCGUCGUCCAGAGGAGCUUCUCCCAACAGAUCCACGUCCAGCCAGAGCUGCCCGGUGCCGUCACACCAAGCACUGACCAGCACGCCCAAGACUCCCCAACACAUAACCCGCAAUUAUGAUAAGCCAUGGCUUACAAACAGCAAACCCUCCACUCCUCUUAAAUCAUCAGACUCCUUUGGGAGCCAAGGUUCAUCCUCAGAGAGUUCAGCGGUUCAAGGCAGCAAAUUGCGUCUUCCUGGGUAUUUGUCUGGCAAAGGGUUUCAGUCUGGUGAAGAGGGAACCUUGAUCAGCGCUGCCGUACUGAAAGCUCGUACACAGGGAAUAGGUGAGUCGAGAAAAAAUUCCAGCCGGCCAGGAAGUAAAGCCGGAAGCAGAGGGAGCAGUCGCAGAGGAAGCGACGCCUCCGACUUCGACAUCUCGGACAUCCAGUCUGUGUGUUCAGAUGUGUCCGAGACGGUCGGUGAGUCCACCAGAGCAACGCCGCGGUCUGCGUCCCGCCAACACGGAGGAAAACCCUCCAAGAUCCCCACUCCUCAAAAAAGAACCACUCCCACAAGCAAACUGGCCAAGGGAUCCAAGCGAUAGUCAGUGGCCUUGAAAACAAACAACCCAGGAGCUAGUUGCACCCGAAAACACAUAAUGGACACUGGAAACGUUGAACUUAAAAGACUGCAAAAUGUGUUGAGUGUUAUUUAAAUCGUUGCGAAGAUGUAAAAUAUUCUGUUAAGAGGCAAUAUGGUUUAAUAUUAUGUGAGAAUGGAAUGUUAAUGGCCUUGUGUAUUUGUUUUUAAUGUAUUUUAUUUUUUGUGGGGAAAAAAAAUGUCAAAUUGUUUUUAUUGUAUUUUAUUUUAUUUAUGCAAAUCCUGUAGGUUUGAUGAACACUAGGAAAAUCUGGGAAUGAGCAAGUGGAACGGUUAACUAACAUUUCUACACACUAAUGAAGGGCAAAAAUGUGGACUUAGCGCUCUGAGAGUUACUGAAUGUACUGUAAUUUAUGUAUGCUGAUGUUUGGAGUAGAUGGUGCUUCAUGGUACCAUUGGAGGCACUGCAAUUAUCUAUUUAAGUGCUAUGUUAUACUGCCAACUUGCAUUUAAAGGGCAAUGCAAUAUACCACAGUAAACCCCAGUAAGCACUGCAGAAACCUUUGAAAAACCCCUAUUUAAGACAAGUAGCAAAAACCUCGUAAUCAUGAAGCUUUCAAGUCCUGUUUGUUUGUCAGCAGCUGCAGCCCCUCUUUGGUUUGACCACUUCACAGCAACGUGUACAUUGACCUUGAAGAGGUGCCACUCUAUGUAGACAUUCUCUGUGCAUCCAUGUCAAUGUAUGGUUAAUUUCGGUAGAGCUGAAAUUGUUACUGUAAUAUUACUUUGUAAUAAACCUGCUUGCAGAAAGCCACCAGAGACUGGUGUGGACCACAGAA